AUGGUUAAACCUGCAUCUAUUGCUAUCCAUUCAAAUCCUAUUCUGUCCAGACAACAAAGCAAUUUGACUGUAGCCGAUGUUCCAGUCGACCAUGUCCAAGAUACUUCUUUCCAGCUGGAUGUCUUAGGAACCAAUAUUUGGAAAUCACAAAUAGCAUCCAUCGAGCCAGUAAACGUACACCCUCUAAAUCUGGAUCAUACCAAUCAUUUGGAUUUGUCGAAUGCUCCUCUGGAAGAUAUGUUCCCAGUACAUAAUGUGACUUGUCCGAACCCAUACAGUCCUGUCCAUGUAGAGGAUAGAACGGAACAAUUAUCAAUAGAUGAUGCAUGUGCGACAGCUUGCAUCAACUAUGAUGAAAAAACAAUCUUUGUAGAUGACGAUACGGUUGAAUCGAGCACAACCAACUCUACAAAUAUGCAUCUCAAACGAAUCUACCUCAAGGUUUGGCGAUUGGAUACACUUGCAUGCAGAAUCAUCUCUCAAAAGACUUUGCUGUUGUUACGACACUGCUUUCGUCGUUGGAUACAUAGUACUGUUACACCCUCUACACAUCAGAUUCGCCAAUUGCCAACAAAUGUGGAAACCUUUGGUCAUGAAGACUGGCGAUUGAAUAUUCGGGCAACAGUGCACUUUAAGUUUGCAUUGUAUGGAAAAGUAUGGGCUGGAUGGACACUAUUUGUAAAAGAAAGGAAACGGCAAAAGUAUCUGGAAAUGCAAGCAAUAUCAUACGAUAAUGAAAAUAGGCUAGGCAUGGCUUUACAGGCUUGGAAAAUGUAUUCUCAACAUCGUUUUGCUCAUCGUCGACUAAAGAUGAUGGUUUUAUCAAAACAUUGGAAACUGGUGCUUUUGAAAAAGUUUCAGAUCUGGAGUGAUCGGUUUAAAAAACAAAGACUUGUAAAAUUUAACAAUAGCAUAGCAAGCAGGGUACGUAUAAAAAACCUUGAAGCCAAGUGUGUGAAAUUAUGGAGACUGGCUCUUGAUCGUCGACUCGAAUAUCGCCAUAAGAGCAUUACUGCUGGAAUUCACGCAACCCAGCGUAUACUAAAAUGGGCAUUUUUAAAAUGGCGCUUACGACUCUUUGACCGUGAACAGCAUCUAUCUCAAGAAAAGACAGCAGUAUGGUUUGACCAAUGCAGAGUGGCUCGAGUUGCUUUUCGGUGCUGGUAUAUAAAAUCGGAUAGAGCAAUAAAGGCUGGACAUUUCCAAAUUCGAAUUGAACGUGCUUUCCAUCGCCACUUAAUAACCACAAAAUGGUUAGUGUGGAGAUUACAGUUCAAUCAAAAGAAAUUAGUAAAAUUGCGAAUCAGUGCAUUUGCUUCUAUGUUUGAAAAGGAUGCCAAGUUGAAAGUAUUUCGUUGUCUUACUUCUUUGGUAUCUAUGCGAGCCUCUGCUGAAAAGUUUAGCAACCUACAGUGGGCACUCAAAGCAAUCCAUAUCAAAACCAAAAAGGACGAAAUUGCCAUGGUGCCUGGAGUAUCACACUACAAUAGCAAAUUACAAUGCCGGGGAUUCCAUAGCUGGCUUUUUUUAUUUCGCAGCUACAAACUGCAAAAAACUAUGAAACAACGUGCUAGUAACCAUUAUCAAUCUAUUACUUGUAGAAAAAUCUUGAACGCCUUUUCUCAGCAUGCACGUUUCUGCAAGCAAAAGGCCAAACUUGAUUCUAUUGCAGCUACUUUUUUAAACCAGUCACGCAUUGCAAGAUAUUUCUUGAUGUGGAUUCGUUUUAAAGAACAUUCAGAACUAGAGCGACGCAAACUAAAGCAUGCAAUCGAGUUUAGACAAAAUAAGAUGAUCUGGCGGGUAUGGAGCACGUUUGUCAAAAAUGUCCAGAUUUGUAAACAACAGCACGAGCAGCGUAUUAUGGUGGAAUCAUAUUACAAUAAGGUUUUGGCCCAAAAAAUGCUUUGUUUGUGGGUCCUAUAUACUCGCCUUGAAUCUAAAAAAAAGGUGCAUCAAGUGCAUGCUACUCGGUUUCGAUACUUUAGUAUGAUGCAUGGUGCAUUUCAAUUUUGGCACAAGCAUCAUAUUGGGAAACGACAGCAGCUCAUGCACUGGCGAUUUGCAAUUGCACACCAUGAUCGAACUGUGGCUUUGCGACAUUUACGAGCUUGGAAUACCAUGGCUACAUGGAUUACUUGGACACAUAUUCGUGCAUUUCACAAACGAAAAGAAAAUGAAUUAUGUGCAGACUGGAUUACAAAUAAGAGUAUAGAUUUGCUAUGUAAAUGUGUAAAGAGAUGGAAACAAGUGUACCAAAUGCGUGUUCAUUGGGCUGAACUGGACAGCUCUGCACAACAAGCAUAUCGAGCACGAUAUCAGCAUACUGCUUGGGGUAUUUGGCGUAGAUAUUAUAAACACAUGGUUUGGAUCAAGGUGACCGAUUCUAUGCAGAGCAAAUUCAGACAAAAGCAUCUUCUUAUCAAAACAUUCAAAGUGUGGAUGCACUCUCGUAGCAAUUGGCGCGGACUGUACUACCUAUCCCAUGUACAUCCCAUUACGUUUUGGGCAGUUUCUCUUUUACGAAAAGUGUUUGUUACUUGGCGAAACGAGGUUGAUCGACAGAAAUUAUUUAAAAAACGAUUGGAAAAUGCCAGAGAAUGGCAUGGUCAAGAAUUAAUCAGCGAAGGAAUGCGUUUAUUGCUACAGGUUGAACAACGAGAACGUGCUGACCGACUUUCAGCCAUCGCUUUUCAAGAUAGACCAGCAUGGUCUAAUUAUCAGUGGAAACUAGCUAGUAAAUAUGGCAGACGUUGGCGCAUUAAUUCAUAUUUAGCAAGCAGACAGCGUGGUAGCUCGGAUUUUAACUUGUACUGUCGAGAGAGGCUACUGGAUAGCUCUGCACAAGAUUUGGCCCACCAACUUCUCAUUUUGCCAAAGUAUACCCUGCAAUCAACUACUUCUGAAUUAGACUUUCAAACCAUUCAACAAUCCACAAACUCUGUGGAUGAUGGUGAGAAUUUCACAACUGAUUUACCUUUGGUCUGUGAUGAUACAGGCAAAAAAGAUUAUAGUGCACCAAGAUAUCCAGAGCUGAUUAAAUGCCGUCAACGACCAAAGCCGCGCGAACCUGACUUUCUGUUUGAUGCAGUGUCCUGCCAAUUUGUUCGGACUAAUCCACUUGUAGACACCAGCAACUCUACUACUGUUGUAGUGUCAGAUUCUCCAUCUGUCACCAACGAAUUACCAACAGUGUGUAAAUCUUUGCUUGUAGAUACAGAGUCCAGUUCAACUCAAUUGGUUGCAUCUCAACCCACCAUAAUAUCUGAGCCAAUCACUGCACCUCAGCCUGUUCAGUCGCCAUCUCUUACUGCUUUAGAAUUGGAAGAUAUUGGAGAAAUGAUUUCCAUUUACGAAGCUCAGCAGACCAAGUAUGCCCAAGUUGUAGCCCAACUGGUCUUGUUUGAAAAGGCUCUGGAAAGGUAUCUUGAUGGCGAUCAAGCUGUUUUAAGCGACCCAAGUUUCGGAUGUUCAACGGUGCUGAGUUUAUUUGAUCAAAUCAAACAUUUGAAGCAGUCGAAAUAUUCAUUUGAAAAAAAGGCGUAUACCAUGCGUAGCUCUGUUACUUUAUUACUCCAGCGUGUUCGCAGUGCAACUCGGAACCGGAUGAAUCAGUGUUAA